AUGGAGAACACAUCUGCCUCGGGCUCCAUUUCUCAGUCGUCACAUGGACAGACCGAGAUUGAAUUUACUAUGUCAAUCCAGAAUCUGCUCAAUGCCGCAUACGGUGUUCCAAAUGCUCAGAAGAGCACAGUCAACACAACAAAGAAGUUUCUCUACCUUACCUGCAAGAAGACCGUUACCAGUGCCGAUCCUGUGACACCAACCUGCUCCACGGAAGAACGCUUCUGCGAAGCCUGCCAGAUCAGUGUCCUCGCUAGGAACCGGAAGAAGCACGAGCGCUCAAUCAGACACCAAAAGUGCAUGGGUGCGGCUAACACACGGAUCAGGUUGCGCCACUGUGAGUACUGCGGCUACGGUAUCCAUGCAGGCGGUUGGGCGAGGCAUCUCCAGCAAGCUGUGCAUCUCAGGGCGGUGAAGGAGGAAUCUUCCACUACAGAAGAAGGUUUCGAUCCUGUACCCACCUUGGGUAUGGGCGUUGCCUCCGACCCGGAAGGUCAAAGGGUGUCUCCCCUUCCUUUUCCACGAUCUCAAAAUGGGAUCUCUAUAGCUCGCCCACUCUCCCGCGGGCGAUCAGCUUGA